CGCCGCGCUCCCCGGCCCGGCGCUGGGGGAGCGGGCGGCGCCCGCGGAGCUGGGCCAUGAGGUUUCCUUUGCCUGAUCUGUAAACAUGUCCACAGACCUGCUCUGGUGUGAGGAUUGCGGUAAAAGCCUUAUAGGAGAAUGCAAACUCCACGGACCACUCAUCAGGGCUAAAGAUAGGGUUAUUCCCAGCCGAGCCCGUCUCACCCUACCUCACUACCUCACUUUGCGAGUGUUGGAGCUGAGAGCUGGAAACCAGCAGAUCCUUGGUGUAUUUGCAAAGAAAGUAAUACAGAAGAGAACACAAUUUGGCCCUUAUGUUGGUCAACUGUCUACAAAACUGACCUGCUAUGAUGAGAGCAGGCUAGUCCUGCAGGUGUUGAAAGAUGGAGGGAAGUACUUUCUGGACACUCCCAAUGAGGACUGUGGAAACUGGAUGAUGUUUGUCCGGCUAGCCCGGAACCAAGAAGAACAGACCCUUGUGGCUUAUCAGCACUGUGGAGAAGUCUACUUCACAACAGUUAAGCCAAUUGAACCCCACACAGAAUUGAAAGUAUGGUAUGCUGCCGAUUAUGCCAAAUUUAUGGAAGCUUCUGCAGUCUUCAUUAAAGAAGAAUCAGAUGUCUCUCCUUUGCCUCCAGUAGCAGAAGAGCCCGUAGACCCUUGGAUAUGUUCCAGCUGUGGAAGCACUUUUGCAACUUUUGCUCUGCUGGAAUCCCACCAGUGCAUCCAUAAAGACCGAGUCCUUCCUACAAGGUUCAGACCACCAAAUAAAUUAGGACCUGUGAAAGCAAAAAGCAAACUCAAAGGGAAACUGAGAGGAGCAUCAUUAGGAAAAAGCAUUACUCAAUGCUUUGGGACCAUUUCCUGUUCCUCUGCCGCAAAGUUCAGCUGUGCCAGCUCAGGAAGUGCUUGUGGUGCUCUCGUAAGGUUUAUACCUAAAUGGAGAAAUGGUCGGUCUUCACUGCUGAAGGGAAAAGAGGUGAAGCAGCCAGAUAGUUAUCCCUGCCGACUUUGUGGGAAGAUAUUUGAUUCCAUUGACAAGCUCACAGUCCACACUUAUGCGCACAAAGGGGAGCGUCCCUACAAGUGUUCACAGCACGGAUGCACAAAAGCCUUCAUUUCCAAAUAUAAACUGCUCAGGCACUCGGCCACUCAUUCUCCACAGAAAUCUCACCAGUGUGGCUACUGUGAAAAGACCUUUCACAGGAAGGACCAUCUAAAGAAUCACCUUCAAACUCAUGACCCCAACAAGAUGGCCUUCAAGUGUGAAGAGUGUGGCAAGAAGUACAACACCAAGCUAGGCUAUAAGAGACACUUGGCUCUUCAUGCUGCCACCAGCGGGGACCUCACCUGUAGGGUGUGUGCCCAAGAGUUUGGUGGUACUGAGGUUCUGUUGGAACACCUCAAAAGUCAUGCAGGGAAACCGGCUGGCAACAUGAAGGAAAAGAAACAUAAGUGUGACCACUGUGAGCGUCACUUCUAUACCCGUAAAGAUGUGCGACGUCACAUGGUGGUUCACACAGGCUGCAAAGACUUCCUGUGCCAGUUCUGUGCUCAAAGAUUUGGGCGGAAGGACCACCUGACGCGCCACACUAGGAAGACUCAUCCACAAGAACUGCUGAAGAGCAGGUUGCAGAAUGGUGACUCAGUGGGUCUCCUUGACCAGGUCUUCUCAUAUAGACUGAAGGAAGACACCAGCAUGCUGUCCCCUCUUCCUGAAAGGGUCCCUGUGCCAAAUGGGAUUGUGAACAGUUCAGAAACAGAGGAAUAUAACUGUUCACAUCUUCAUUCCCAGCCAAGCUUACAAACUGCUCUUCCUCCUGAGUCUUCCCCUCACUUGCAAAGGAUGGGCUGUGCAGACAGCCUCCCAGCUGUCCCUCCCACACCAUGUUCAGCAGCCGUCCCUAUCAACCUGAACCUUCAUCAGCCUAACAAAUAUGACCUUAGUUCUACCUCAUUUGCCGCGGGAUCCCUCAAGAAUCUACCGAUAAAAGUGGAUGUUAAAGGUUACAACGUGCACCUUCUCGAGGACCUGCCCUUACCAGAACCUCAGUCUCUCCACAAAAUCAAUAUGGAAGAAGCUUCCUCAGGGCCUGUAGGGGAUACUAACAAGUACCCAGUGCACAAAGAGACAGAGGCAGCAGCUGAAACUGCAAGCCUGCCAUUCAUGGAUCUCACUCAUGUGAUGGGUUUCUGGCAGCUCCCACCAGGUGACAACCAGAACACUAUUGGGGACAUCACAACGGCAUUUGGCUCAGAGGACCCAUCACACAGGCUGAAUGGCCUUGGCCAACAGCAAGGUCUUCAGCUAGCAACUGGUGGGAUGGCCAUAAGCCAGCUGCAUCAUCUUCCUCGCUCCUUUCCAUCCACUACAAAUUCUGUAACGUUGCCUCACUUUCACCAUGCCUUCAAGUAAUCAUCACCCUGUGUGGGCUUUUCCCUUUUUUUUUUUAAAGACUUUGCUUCUUCCUUAAAUCUGUUAGGACCGGGGUGGUUUUGUUUUUGUUUUGUUUUUAAGAAAAACUGCCCCAGAUUUUUUCAAAGCAUGUUAUGAACAUGGUAGUUAAAUUCAAGAUGUUAAUAAACAAGAAGCUCUAUUUUUCAUACUAUUAGUUUUUUAGCAUAUGACAACAGUAGAACUAACAUAUUUCCCUCAGCUCCCUCUAUAUUUUUGUUUCUUUUCAUGCAAACAACUGAAUAACUAUCCUCAAUGACAGCAAAGUAUCAUAACAGGCACAAUAAAACAAUGGCUGCUGCAGUAGGAGAAAUACAGUUAGGGUGGAUGGGAAGAGGGGGGAGAUCACAAAGAAAUCUAUUUAAUGAGCCAUAAAUCACAGCAGAUUUGUACACAUGGCAAAUGUAACAAAUGAUUUAUCAACAUCAGAUAGAUUUCUGUUAUGCACUUAAUUAAUGAACUUUAUUAAUCUUUAAUUUAAAUCACAGUCAUUCCAAGAGUAAAUAUUACAUCUUUGUUUCACCUUCUUCAGUGGAGAUCAUCACUAUUAUGAUUAUGUUAAACUAGAUUUUGUUUUCUGACAGGCAGUUCAGCUAUGUGCCUCUGCUGCCUUUUUCCUAGGGCUGGAAAUAACUACCACUUCUGAACAACUGUGUAAGAACUGCUGUCUUGAAAACAUGCAGUUCUCAGAAUGGGAAGUGAAUUGUCUCAAGUUAGAGCAAAACAUUAAUUUUCAUUUAGAGCUGGAUCUGUCAAGAUAUCAGACACCUCUCUCUUUCUCUCUCUAGUAAAGCACUUGAGCAUUUGCUUAAAUUUAAGCUUAUGAUAUCCUGUCAACAGCUUGAUUAAUUUAACACUUAAUAAAAAAUCAUGCAUCCUACCUAAGGGGCCUUUAUUCACCUUUUGUUGAUAAAAAUGGCCAUUGUUUAGUCUGGGAAAUGAUUAAUAAUUGUAACCAUCUGAAAAUAUGGGCUUUCACUGAAAUCCAACCCUGGCCCAAGUGGGACCCCUGUGGAGCCAGGGACAGAUCUAUGCACAGAGGGGCUGUGGUGGUGAGCUGUUGCUAAAGGGCAUGGAAUGAUUCACAUGGACAUGUCUCAAUGGUAUGACAGGAAAAGAAGUAGCUUUAUUUUCUGACUCCAGUAUUUAUAGAUUCUUGACAAUGACCAGGGAUUGGAUAAUUAAGUUACCACCUUCCCAAUCACAUGGUCAUGUGAAAUGUCCAUCAAAGAUGUUUCUUAGAAGGAAUGUGUAAACACUUAUGUUUAUAGUUACUUUCCUGGGAAAGUAACUAAAACUAUGAAAAACAAGAUCAGAAGGCUUAGUUUUCAGGGCAACAGUGAGUUGACACUGAGCCCUGUGCAAAACCGGUUCUGAACCUGCCUUACAAGUACCAGCUGAAAUUAGCAGGUGUGAUGAUGGUUGGGGCUGUUUUACUCAUGGGAUUUCUUCUCAGAAACAUUGGGACUGCUGCAGUUGGACUCCAGCCUUUGUUUCUUGCAGACUAGAGCCAUGGGGACUUCUGUUUGUCAAUGAAAAGUUCCUGUGGACAGUAUGUUGGUGUGACAGUCCUAUCACCUGAUGCAUGAACAAGCAGAAAUUGUAAAAAUCACAUUUUCCAGUAGAUGACAUUAUUAAACAAAGAAACAAACUCUUCACAAUUUACUUUGUUGCCUAACCAAUAGUUACAAAAAAAAAAUCAUGGUUUUAGUGGAUGGCUCAGUUAUUAAUGGAUUCUGUUUCAUCUAAAACAGACACAGAAUUUCUGAAUCUGAGUAAAUUAUCAAACUAUAAGAACUACUCUUCUAUUAAAUCCAAAGAGACUUGAUAGUACCCAAUGGUCAUUACUAAUAUAACAUGGAGCAAGCAUAUUCUCUUCUCCCUCAUUAAUCACGGGAAUAUUUCUGGAGAGCUUCAAAUAAAAAAUAGUUUUUAUGUGAUUGCUGUUUUGCUGUUACUGAGCAAUGGAUCAUUGUAGCUGUACAAUGUCACUGAAUAUUCUUACAAGCUGAUCGGUACUUGGAUCAAGGACUGUCUUAUUGCCGUUCAUGAGAGAAUAUGUUCUGCAGACGCAGUGCUGAGGGGUUUUUUUUUUAAUUUAUUUUUAUGAAAAUGUUUGGCAUAAGACAAACCAAAAGGAAUUUUAAGGUCAUUCCUGUAAUGACAACAACAGGAGGGGAACAGGUACUGCACAGUUGUGUCCAGUGAGUAGUUAUUUAAAUUACAAGUUCCAGAAUAGGGAAAAGGCUGCAAACAGUGUUAUAUGCAUGUUCUACAGCUAGGCUUGUAUUUUCAUCUAGACUUGGAAAGGUGUGUGUGUGUGUGUAUAUAUUCAUUUAACUGUAUUUUUUCCCUGUUUUGCAAAUUGUAUUUACUUGGCUUCAAGCGAGUUUAUGUACCUGUAAGAAAACCCAAAAAACUAAACAACAACAAAAAAUUUUUUGCUACAAAAAAAAUUUAUAGCACUGCCUGAUCAUACACAUUUUGUUAUUUUGGUUUGUGCUUUUAUAAGAGGUGUCAGUAAUUACUGAAAAACUUUGCCUUGAAUUUAAAUGUGGUGUUAAGAAGCAAACAUUAUGCAGACACUGAGCACAUUCUUUCAUCUGCUCUUUCGGCCCCCGGGGCAGGGUACCUGAGCUCAGGCUGCCAAGAGAGGUGCUGCUGCCUGAUCUCAGCCUCUUCCAAAAUAUGGAAAGAUGAUAAGCAUUUCUUACCAAUGCACAUGUAGCUACAGGUUAAAGACAGUUUCAUUCAAAUAAAAAGGAAGUAGUGACUUUUGAUCCAUUUUAAAAUACUUCAAAAGAACACAGUGGUGGUGUCUGCAAGUAAAGCACAGAAGCAAACCUUAAAUGUGCAAUGCUGCUUAAACCCAUCAGGCCAUUCAAUUCUCUUUUUCCAGAUUCUUGACAUCAUAAAUGUAGCAGAAGCUGAUGAUGUCCCAUGACAAAGAAAGGCAUUAUUAUUUCAAAAAGUUAUGUUGUCAAAUACAGUUGUUUAAAAAUUCUUGCAACUCGAGAGACAUGAGAUACUCCCAAGUCAUCCAAUACUGUAAGUGGGACUGGACGUUCUGAAUGUGUUUGUUAGGGAGACCUCUGUGAGCAUUUCUCAGAGGCCAUCAGUAGCUGAGGCUCAAGCUGCAGGACAUCUCUCUGGUGGCACUGCCUUUGGCUCCUGCAGGGCUGUGACAGCACCAGUGUGGGGAGAGGCAGCCCCCCACAUCCAUUGGGGGUAUGGUGGACGAAGGCAGCAGCCCAAGCACUGACCAGUCCUCCCUCUUUGGCACAGCCCAUUCCUCCUCCAAAUGUGAGAAGUGGAUCUAAGGGCAGAGAACUGCCAUGGAGAAGGUAGAAUAGGCCAUGGCACAGCGGCUAAGAGGUGGGACAUAAAGAUCUGUGUGAUCUUAGGAUAUUUUAACUCGCAUUCAAGUAGAGAUAAAAAUACUUUUAUCUGAACUCUGCUUGAAAACCUGUAGAAGCAGAGCAGUAUGUGGUGAAUAAACAACAGCAUCACUAUAAUCAAAUCAUAAUGUAAAAGAACAAAAUUUAGUAAACAAUUCUCAUAAAAAAAUUAUUAUUUUUAUGAAAGAAUAAAAAAUACCUGAAAUAAUAUAAAGAAGCUAAAUUUCUACUACAAUGAACAAAAGACUGCAUCCUCUGUGUAAACACAAGUAGAUGUGUUGCUGAGUUCCCAUCCUCUAUCAGAAACCAAGCUCAUUUCUUUUUCCUUCAGUUUUGUUUACCAACUUUUCCUGUUGGAACUUUCUAUUUCCUUAGUCAAUGGGUUGCUGUUACUUUCAGAGAGUUUUUCAUAGCCAGUCUGAACUGGGGUGGUACAUUCUGUAUAUUCAUGAUUGGUUCAUUUCUAGUAGAAUUUUAAAAUGCUUUUCCUCAAUACACCAUUCCUGCCCUUAUAUUUUUUGGUAAGAUACUGGAAACUAAGCUGUGAAAUCCUACAUUUCUAUACACAGUCAGAAAAUAAUGCAUAACAACAAAUACAGUAAAAUUUGCUCUAAAUUUGAGGUUUCAUUUAUUUGGUUGUUAAGGAAAGUGACUGUGGUAACAUUGCACAGUACAGUUUGGAAUGAGUUUAGGGUUUUUUCCCUCUUCUUCCUGGACUGAAAGAAAGGCUAAGUAGCACUGUUUUAAUAUAGUGGCACUACUGUUGUGGCCGCUUUUUCUAACUCUAGGAGUUACAGUUGCUUCAGUGUUAUCCUUUCUGUAUCCAUCUAAUCACUAUUAUAUGGAGUCUAAGUAGUUUAAUUAAACUCUUUAAAAUAUGGUAUUUAUUACUGCUGUGUCCAACUACUUUUCAUCUUCAUUUACUUACUAAGCAUUUAAUAGGUAAGAAAAUUCCUUAUGGAUUUUAAUUGAAAGCCUUAAUGAAAAUUUGGGUUAAAAAUGGGUUAAAAAGCCCUAUUUGUUGCAUCACUGAAAGUUUAUGCAAGGUGAUCCAAGGCUGAGAAUGGAUCAAGUGACCAAAAAUAUAAGAAGGGAUAUACCUCCACAACAUUUCUGUCUUGUUGAUCAAUUUCUAAAAGCAGUUAAAGUGUUUAAUGCAAGAAUGAGAUUUGGUUUUAGUCUGAACUCAAAGUGCUUUGAAGAGAUGCACAGCAUACAUGGCCAUUUAUCAUGUAUCAAUCACUAUCAUUU